GAAUCAUCUAGACUUGUUCUUUUCAGCUUUCCUGCAGAAGAUUCAGUGGCUCAAACGUCUCGCCUCUCUUUACCGGCAAAACACAUCAUCAUUUCCUGUGCUGGCACACAGUUUCCAUUGAGAGCAGUUGACUAUAAAAGAUGGUCCUGACAAACUGUAUGAUGGGAUUGACCGUAUUGACAGUCCUCAGCCUCUGCCUGCCUGUGUGGAGUGCUGUGAAGGUGACCCAGCCCUACAGAGUGGUGAGCAUAAAUGGCACAGCUCAGGUCCAGUGCUUCAUCCAUCCUCAACCCUUCUACGACCAGAUCCAACACUCCCAUGACCAAAACCCUCCAUACCCUUUCCCUGUCCCUGAGGAGGUCCAUGUGAUUCUGCUGAAAGGCCUCUACGGCACCCAGGAACUCUGCUCGCACACCAUCAACUUAACGGAGCACAGAGAGACAAGUGUGGAGAGUAAUGGAGAGUCGCAGUGCUCUGCUACAUUGAGAGAGGGCGCCGUGGAGGUGACCGUGUCCGGACUGAAAGCCACAGACACAGAUAUAUAUCGCUGUGAGAUAGGGGUGAUCUACCCACCUCCGUACCUGCGGCUCACCGGCAACGGCACACUCAUUCAUGUCAUAGAGAGCUCAGACUGUCCUCUGCAGGGUGCUCGGACAGAUAUUGCGCACCAGGGUGAUGAUGAAGAGAACGAUGAGGGUGAUGAGAAGAUGGCGCCAGUCAGUUUUCCUGUGAUUGUACUGGUGAUAAUGAUUAUGCUUGUCCUCCUCAUCAUCAUCUACUUCCAGACUGUCCAGUGUGUUCGAGGGAAGAGGGAGAUCAUCAGAGCAGUGCCUGGUGGGCCCUACAAGGUGGAUGCUGUUCCAUUUUCAUGUAAAACCGUCGUAUGAAAAACAUACGAGUGCGGAGGCCAAAGCACCACUGUAUCUGCCCAGAAGCAUUAGAAUACACUGGAUUCUGAAUGUAGAGUUAAAACAGUGGUAGGGUCAGUGUUGGCCAUUUAUUAAACAUCACCUCAGUUAUAAUUGAGGUUUUUCUUUCUUUCUUUUCUUUUUUUUUUUUUUUAAUCCAAAGCUACAGAAAAACACCAAAAGGACAUUUGGGUGUCUGUGCAUAUUUUAUUUAUUAAGUAUGAAAAUACUGUUUACAUUGUUGUAAACUCAAAUUUUAUUAAAAAGCAGUAGCUUUGAUUGUAUUUUCACUGAAUUGAAUUGUUGAGACACCUGUAUUUGCGCUUACUGUAACUGCAGCUGGGAAGGCUUGACAUUUUAUUAGAAACAGAAUCACUUAGCUCCAGCUAAGAAAAUGCUAUAUUUGAAAUCAUUAGGGUGCAUUAUGGUGUAUUGAUAGUUAUGUUUCUGUGUCCUUAUGUCUGUAUUUUUGUUGCAAUUGCAAUGUUCAGCAAAUAUUCAUGUUGGAUAUUUUCUUCAAGUAAAGUUGCUUUAAAC